CUACACUCCUCCCAGAUUGCGACCGACUGUUGUUUAAUGUCGAACGCAUGCAAAGUGUCCGCAUUAACGGAUGUGCUUUCAACUCCUCCCCGUCUGCGACCGGCUCUUCUCGCCGUUCAUGUCGAACAGUUGGCUUCAACAACAGAUGAAAUGACCAACUAUCGGUUUGCCAGGAUAACUUCCCCUUCACUGUAGUCAACCUUACAAUGAAAUCUGGCACUUUGAAAACGAGAUCCUCUUACCUUGACGAACUUUUUUCGAAGUUUUCGUGAGAUUGGAUGACAACAGUUUGAGGAAACCAGGGCGCACCAGAAGGACACAUUAUGGCAAUAUGUGGCAGACGGAGUCGGCCCAAGUUCAUUCUGUACGUUCUCGGGGCGUUUGUAGUGGGAUAUUUAGUGUUUCAUAGGAACACACACAGUGACGUCGGACUGGCGAGUCGAAGAGAAGUCACAGUUCAGGAGCCCAAAAAUCUGGACGAGGAAUUCCUGAAGAAACCUGUUUACGAGAAGCCUCCUCUAGACACAAAUGCGUUGGGAGAGAUGGGUAGAGCUGUUAAACUGGACCUGAAUGAAGAAGAGAAGCGAGAGGAGGAGGAGAGCAUCAACAAACACCAGAUAAACACUUAUGUGAGUGAUAGGAUAUCAUUACACCGCAGGCUGCCUGAAAGAUGGAAUCCACUAUGUAGAAACCUGAAGUAUGACUACCUGAGCCUGCCGUCAACAUCAGUAGUGAUAGCCUUUUACAAUGAAGCCUGGUCCACACUACUGCGGACUGUGCACAGUGUCUUGGAAACCUCGCCGGACCUGCUGCUGACUGAAAUCAUACUGGUGGAUGACUACAGUGACCGAGAUCAUUUAAAGGAGCCUCUAGAGAACUACAUCGCCAAUCUCAGAAAGGUGCGUCUGAUCCGUGCAAGAAAGAGAGAGGGUUUGGUGCGAGCGCGGCUCCUGGGGGCGUCCAUUGCCACAGGAGAAGUGCUGACCUUCCUCGAUUGCCACUGUGAGUCUCAUGAAGGCUGGUUGGAGCCUUUACUCCAGAGAAUAAAGGAUGAGCCUUCAGCUGUGGUGUGUCCAGUGAUUGAUGUUAUUGACUGGAACACCUUCCAGUACCUGGGCAACCCUGGAGAACCUCAGAUCGGAGGAUUUGAUUGGCGAUUGGUGUUCACAUGGCACACUGUCCCAGAACAUGAACAGAAACGAAGAAGUUCUGCCACUGAUGUCAUCAGGUCUCCUACAAUGGCUGGGGGGUUGUUUGCAGUCAAUAAGAAGUACUUCCAUUACCUGGGCACAUAUGACACAGGAAUGGAGGUGUGGGGUGGAGAGAACCUGGAGUUCUCAUUCAGAAUCUGGCAGUGUGGAGGGAGUCUGGAAAUCCAUCCUUGCUCUCACGUUGGUCACGUCUUUCCGAAGCAAGCGCCAUACUCGAGAAGAAAGGCCUUGGCCAACAGUGUGCGGGCGGCAGAAGUCUGGAUGGACGAAUUCAAAGAAGUGUAUUACCAUCGCAGCCCACAUGCUCGUCUGGAAGCAUAUGGUGAUGUGACGGACAGACGGAAACUCCGAAUGCGUCUCGGCUGUAAAGAUUUUAGGUGGUUCUUGGAGAACAUCUACCCUGACAUUCAAGUCCCAGAGGACAGGCCUGGAAUGUUUGGCAUGCUGAAGAAUAAAGGAAUGGUCAACUACUGCUUUGACUACAACCCACCUGAUGAUCAUAAUAUGGCCGGUCACCGGGUCAUUCUUUACUCCUGUCACGGCAUGGGACAAAACCAGUUCUUUGAGUACUCCACACUCAAAGAGAUCCGUUAUAACACGCGGGACCCUGCAGGCUGCGUCAUGGCUGACCCGGUCUCCACGUUCCUCACCAUGAAUCACUGCAGUAAAACCAGGGAAGCUGUGCCUGAAGACCAGAAGUUUCUGUUCAGAGAGGACGGCUCUUUCUACCAUGUGCAGACGCAGAAGUGUGUUGAGGCAGUACCCCGGACUGACACUGGGAGCCCUGGCCCUGCUCUUCGGCCCUGCUCCGACUCAGACUUCCAGAAGUGGUUCUUUGAAGUGAGAACAUAGUAAAGGUUCUCUCUACACUCUUCACCUGCACUACAGUCAAAGGGCAUGUCAUAUGUGACUUCACACCAGCUUAUCAAGCAUUCCAGUUCCUCCGUUAAGGAUUGCUAGUGCCUUUCUGCUACAUGACUUGCACAGUAGUAUGUUUAAUGAAUUAACAUAUUCGAUUUGAAAAUUUUGGGAUAGUGUAUUCAAAUUCAUCAUUCAUAAUAGAGUUGUUCAGUUUGUAAUCCUAAAACCCUGAGAAGAGCGUUCCAUUUUCAUGCCAUGAGUGUACUCUAAAAUUUCGAUGUAAAAUAAUGUAUGUGUGCUACAACAUAAUCUGCUGUUCAGAAGUUUGGGGUCAGUAAGAUUUUAUUUUUAAAGAAAAUAUUAUUUUUUUACUAAGAAAGGAUGCAUUAAGUUGACCAUAAGUGACAGUUAAGAAAUUAAUAAUGU